AUGGUUGCCCGCCUAUGGACGGUGGAGCUACAGCGGCCGCCAACUGGGGUGACUGCCAUGUGUGACCAGCACUACAUGGAAUGGUACAACCAGUAUUCGCAUCCGAGGUUGAUCAGAGACCUCUACCACGGCGAUGACGCCGAUGAUGAUGAUGUGCCACCGCUCACUGCCGUGGAUGCGGACAUCAUUCGCCUUCCCUCGUUGUUUCGUUUUCUGCAAAGGCCCCUGGCUCAGUUGAUUUCUAUGCUAAGAGCGCCUAAAAGCAAGGAAGGCUAUGCUUCAAUAGGAGGAGGUUCACCUUUACGAAAGAUAACUGAUGAGCAGGCAAAUGCACUUAAGUUGGCAUUAGAAGCAAAGAAUAAGAAUGUAUCUGUAUAUGUUGGCAUGAGGUACUGGUACCCAUUUACAGAAGAGGCGGUUCAACAGAUUAAGAAGGACAAGAUUACAAGACUUGUUGUCCUUCCUCUCUAUCCUCAGUUUUCUAUAUCUACAACAGGUUCUAGCCUCCGAGUUCUCCAAAACAUUUUCAGGGAAGAUGCAUAUCUGUCUCGCGUGCCUGUUGCUAUCAUCCGAUCUUGGUACCAGCGAGAAGGUUAUGUCAAAUCCAUGGCUGACUUGAUUGAGAAAGAGCUGCAAUCCUUUUCCAUGCCUGAUGAGGUUAUGAUAUUCUUCAGCGCUCAUGGUGUGCCAGUAAGUUAUGUUGAGGAUGCUGGAGAUUCAUACAAAGAUCAAAUGGAGGAUUGCAUCUUCUUAAUUAUGACAGAAUUGAAAGCUAGAGGAAUCAACAACAGACAUACGCUUGCUUACCAGAGUCGAGUUGGUCCUGUGCAAUGGCUGCAACCUUAUACUGAUAAAGUUCUUGUUGAGCUUGGCCAAAAAGGAGUAAAGAGUUUGCUGGCUGUUCCUGUGAGUUUUGUGAGCGAGCACAUUGAGACACUUGAAGAGAUUGAUAUGGAAUACAAGGAAUUGGCGCUUGAAUCUGGCAUUGAGAAUUGGGGUCGGGUUCCUGCUCUCAAUUGCACUUCUUCUUUCAUCAAUGAUCUAGCUGAUGCUGUCACUGAAGCUCUACCUUCAGCAGCUGCUAUCACAACCAGCACAUCUGAAGAAGUCUAUAGUGAUCCGGUCAAUUGUUUCGUAAAAUUGUUUUUUGGCUCACUGUUGGCCUUUAUCUUGUUUUUGUCCCCAAAGAUUCUGGCAUUUAGGAACAACCUUUUGUAGAAAUAGAUGGAAGACAAAACUGACUGCAGAGGAGAAUUAUAGAAAAGAUGUACUUAAGAGGAUGCUUGUAUUCUUCCUUUUGAGCUCUUGCUCAACUUCCAAAUGUUGACAAAUGUUGGAUAGUUUAUUUUAUCCAUGGUUAUUUUUCUCAAGUA